CAGUCCCCGAGUGAGCGCCGGUGGCGGGGCCAGCAGCCCGGCAGGCAGCCGCAGGUGGGGGUGCUCGCAGCCAGGGACCUAGCCGGAUAGCCCCGGGGCCCGGCGCCACAAGUGCCCAGGAUGCCCCGCGGGGACUCGGAGCAGGUGCGCUACUGUGCGCGCCUCUCCUACCUCUGGCUCAAAUUCUCGCUCGUCAUUUACUCCACAGUGUUCUGGCUGAUCGGGUCUCUGGUCCUGUCUGUGGGGAUCUACGCAGAAGUCGAGCGGCAGAAAUACAAAACCCUUGAAAGUGCCUUUCUGGCCCCGGCCAUCAUCCUCAUCCUGCUUGGGGUCAUCAUGUUCAUUGUCUCCUUCAUUGGUGUGCUGGCUUCCCUCCGCGACAACCUGUGUCUUCUUCAAGUGUUUAUGUACAUCCUUGGGAUUUGCCUCAUAAUCGAGCUCAUUGGUGGUGUGGUGGCCUUGAUCUUCCGGAACCAGACAAUUGACUUUCUGAAUGACAACAUUCGAAGAGGAAUCGAGAACUACUAUGAUGAUCUGGACUUCAAAAACAUCAUGGACUUUGUUCAGAAAGAGUUUAAGUGCUGUGGCGGGGAAGACUACCAAGAUUGGAGCAAAAACCAGUAUCACGACUGCAAUGCCCCUGGACCCCUGGCCUGUGGGGUGCCCUACACCUGCUGCAUCAGAAACACGACAGAAGUUGUCAACACUAUGUGUGGCUACAGAACUAUUGACAAGGAGCGCCUUGUCGUACAGAAUGUCAUCCACGUGCGGGGCUGCACCAACGCCGUGCUCAUCUGGUUCAUGGACAACUACACCAUCAUGGCGGGCCUCUUGCUGGGCAUCCUGCUUCCCCAGUUCCUGGGGGUGCUGCUGACGUUUCUGUACAUCACCCGGGUGGAAGACAUCAUCAUGGAGUACUCUGUCACCGAUGGGCUCCUGGGGCCCGGGGCCAAGUCUGGCGUGGAGGCGGCAAGCACGGGAUGCUGCAUGUGCUACCCCAGUUAGGGCCAGCCUGGGGCAGCAGCUCCAGCAGGACAGUGCUGGGACAGCACCGUGUCAUGGGGGCCGGACAGGAUGGUGGCCCCUCUCCCCGCACUCAGCACUGACCAAAGUCCAGGCUGCAUUUGUUUUGGUGGCCGGCUCAGGCCUCCCAUGGCCACUGCCUCCCUGCGGGGCAGAGCCUGAGGCCCUCUCCGGCUCCAGAGUUCUGUGUCUGCCCACAUUCCUGGGUGUGGGGAAUAAGGAUGGCUCUUCCCCAGGCCUGGGUUAUAGCCAGGGUAGGGAUAGCUCUGCAUUCGGCUCAGGAACGCUUCAUUUCUGGCAGUGCCUUGGCCUCUGGUCUUUAUGCCCCAUUGUGGGCGGUUUUGUAGUGAUUUGUACAUGGGGAGAGAGGAGAGCCUCAUAGUGAAGGAGGGGAGGGGUGCAGCCACCAGGUCCCCAGUCCCUUGGCCACACCCCAGUGGCUAGAGUGGCCCCAUUUCUCAGCCUCCAUGUGCCUUGAACCCUCCCCAAGGGCUGCUGCUUUGCUGACCAGUUUUUUUAAUGUGAUUUUAUAAUAUUCAUUUUGUACAGAGUUAACAGGAGUUUCUAACUAAUCAAAGCUGGGUAUUUCCCCACACCCUCUCCUCUUGUCCCUCCAAACCAGUUUAUUAAUCAAACAAUAAAGUCUUGAUUUUUUUU